CCUCUGGAAACUCACAACAGUCUGAGUCCGCAUUGCUCCCAUUGGCAUUGGCAUUAGGUAUCCUUCAUAAGGAGAAAGGAGUGGAAGUAGUGAUAAAACCCUCUCCUCUUCUCUUAAUUUUGCUGCAAAAGAGAGAAAAGGCAAUGGAACCCAAGGCAGUUGAAUGCUGAGGAAGAGAAGGAAGCAAAGCAGAAAGGAUAAACAGAGUCAUGCUGCGUUUUCCUGACCAUAUCCGCAAUAACCCACGCCUCCGUCUCCACAAACUCUCUUUGUUUUCCUGCAACAGUGCAGCUCUCAUGGCCUCCAAAACCUUCUCCUCUUCUUUCAGUCUGCUGCCUUUGACCCCUUCUCCUAAACGCUUAUCCACACCCUGCAAACGCUUAGUUCCUUAUCUUUCGUCAAAACCCGAUUCCAAAAACCACUCUUUGUCGCUUCGGACUAAUGGGUUUUCUUCCAUUCCUUCUGCCAAUGUCUCUGCUCCAGUUUAUUCUAAGGAGUUGGAAGACUGGCCCUUGAAUAUGCGUAGCUUGGAGAUUUUGAAGCAUAAAUUAAAGCAGCUCGGCAUCGAUAUUAGUGCAUGUGUUCCGGGGCGUGAAAACCGCUUACUUUGCCCCUCGUGCAAUGGUGGUGAAUCCGAGGAAAUUAGCUUAUCUCUUUUCAUCAACCAAGAUGGGAGUUCUGCUUCGUGGAUGUGUUUUCGAGCUAAAUGUGGGUGGAAAGGCAUCACAAAGGCCUUUGCAGACGGCAAGCCAUCUUAUGCAAAUUUAAGUCGAGUUAACAAAGUUAAGGUCAAAAGGGAAAUUACAGUGGAGAGUUUGCAAUUAGAACCACUCUGUAAUCAGCUCAUUGCUUAUUUCGCAGAGCGAAUGAUAUCUGCAGAAACACUAAAGAGAAAUGCUGUUAUGCAAAAAAAGAGUGGUGAAGAGAUUGCUAUUGCAUUUCCUUAUUGGCGUAAAGGAAGCCUUGUAAAUUGCAAGUAUCGGGACAUAGCCAAGAGGUUUUGGCAGGAAAAGGAUACUGAAAAGAUAUUUUAUGGGCUCGAUGAUAUAGAGGAUGCAAGCGAUAUCAUCAUUGUUGAAGGUGAAAUAGACAAGCUUGCAAUGGAGGAAGCUGGCUUCCGUAAUUGUGUCAGUGUCCCUGAUGGUGCUCCACCAUCAGUUUCCUCGAAGGAGGUUCCAGCAGAAGAGCAGGACACAAAGUAUCAAUAUCUGUGGAACUGCAAAGAGUACCUAAAGAAGGCAUCACGCAUUAUACUUGCCACUGAUGGGGAUCCGCCUGGUCAAGCCUUAGCUGAAGAGCUUGCACGUCGCCUUGGAAGAGAAAGAUGCUGGAGAGUUAAAUGGCCAAAGAAAAACGAGGUGGAUCAUUUUAAAGAUGCAAAUGAGGUGCUUAUGUAUUUGGGACCCAGUGUUCUAAAGGAUGUAAUUGAGAAUGCGGAAUUAUAUCCCAUACGUGGAUUGUUCAACUUUAGAGAUUUCUUUGAUGAAAUUGACAGAUAUUAUCAUCGGACUCUAGGAUAUGAAUUUGGUGUCUCAACUGGUUGGAGGGCACUGGACGGGCUAUAUAAUGUUGUGCCAGGAGAGCUGACCGUAGUAACUGGUGUUCCCAACUCUGGAAAGAGUGAAUGGAUUGAUGCUCUCUUAUGUAAUCUUAAUGAAAGUGUUGGUUGGAAAUUCGCUCUUUGCUCCAUGGAGAACAAGGUUCGGGAUCAUGCAAGGAAACUUUUAGAGAAAUACAUAAGGAAACCGUUCUUUGACUCAAGCUACGGAAGCUCUGUUGAAAGAAUGAGUGUAGAGGAAUUAGAGAAAGGGAAGAAAUGGUUGAGUGACACAUUUUAUCUCGUAAGGUGUGAGAAUGAUUCUCUUCCAAGUAUAAAGUGGGUUCUUGAUCUUGCAAAGGCAGCGGUACUCAGGCAUGGGGUACGGGGACUUUUAAUUGAUCCUUACAAUGAACUUGAUCAUCAGCGCCCAGUUAGUCAGACUGAAACAGAGUAUGUCAGCCAGAUGCUUACAAAGAUCAAACGAUUUGCUCAGCAUCACUCUUGUCAUGUCUGGUUUGUUGCACAUCCAAGACAGUUGCACCAUUGGAUUGGGGCUCCUCCGAAUCUCUAUGACAUCAGUGGAAGUGCACACUUUAUAAACAAAUGUGACAAUGGGAUUGUUAUUCAUCGGAAUCGGGAUCCUGAGGCUGGGCCUGUUGAUCAAGUACAAGUUUGUGUACGGAAAGUACGAAACAAGGUUGUAGGAACUAUAGGUGAUGCAUUCUUGUCUUAUGAUAGGGUGACUGGCGUAUAUACGGACAUUGAUGAACCACAAAAGAAGCAAUAGGUCAUCAUGCUCAUGUAAGUGCGGGCUAAAAUUUUGUAUAGUGUGGAUUAUGAUGACCUAGGGGCAUCAGGAGUCUUAUUUCUUAAUGAGGUUGGUCCAUUGGAAAUGUUGCUGUGGGUUGUGACCACAGAGCUGAGACUUAUGAUGUUGCAACGGUGCUAAACAGCAAUCAAGCAUACAAGAGUUCACUCGGUCAUAAUAGUUGAGAUCCGUGUUGAAUUUUUGUACCAUUUUAGAAAUUUCUCUUGCUGAUCUAUUUGCUGUAAACAUAUCUUUGUAACAUCAGAUUAUUUUGUAGCCUCCUCUGUUUCUUCUAUUUGAAAUGCACCUUAGUUUAUAGCAGAGGUCAAGCAGCAGCAUGGGAUGAGAUGAUCCCUUAUGUUUGUUCUCUUCGUCCCAAGCAUCUGGCUGUGUCCACCAGUUGCAUUUGUUUGCCCAGUAAAUGUUUGAUACAUCACACUGUUUUAGAGAAGAUUCUGUUAUGGCAGUUUUAUUAAAUCAGAAUUCAAUUCA